UGUUUCCUGAAAUUGUCAAAUCGUACCGAGGUGGUUACGUAAAAUAUCUUUUACAUGAAAUAUUUUUUAAUUAACACAACGGUCAACUUUCUUGUACUGGUAAAAUUAUUCUCUCAUAUUCACUAAUUAUCCACUAGUGCUAUUUAUAAGUUAAGGAAUAAUGUUGCGUUUGGGAAGGAAACAAAUAGAAGCCGCAGCCAGCUUCCUUCCGUCAAUGAUGGGAUUUGGAGGGUCAGCGUUCCUGGGAAUGCUCUAUUUUACUGACUGGAAGGUGUUCUGCACCUAUAUCCCCUUUUACAGUGGCAAAUUUGUAGAAGAAAAAAAAGAAGAAGAAUGAACAAAAGACAACCAAAGUGAAGUGCAGUAGUUCUUUUACAUAACAGUCACUUUUCAUGUUAUUCUAAUCAUUAAGUUUUAAUUAUAAAUUAUCUAAAGAGAUUGUAAAAAAUUGUUUUAUUUUCCAGAGUAGUAAUGUUAAAUUAGUCAGUACUAAUUUGAUAUUUCACUUUACUAUAUUCACUAGAGAUUAAAAUAUUAGAAAUUCCUUUAAAUGUUAACCCAGCUAUGAUUUUGAAAUUCAAAUAUUUUUAUUCAAAAUUUAAAAUGACUUAUUGAACGUCAAAAAUUACCACCCAUUCAAAAGAGACUGCAUCAGACCUAAGAAGAAUGGGCACAAGAAAUUCAGCGGGCUUUUUUUUAAUAUAAAAUAUGGAUUACAAUGUGAUAUCGUACAAUAAACAUUUAUAAUUAAAGA